CAGCCUCUUGAAAUGCAGGUGGAGGGCCUCAGCUCUGGUACCAACCCCAUCCCCUCUACCAGGAGAACAGGGCAGGAAGGCUUAACAAUAAUGGGCCAGGAUGAUCGAUUAUUCACUCAUUGAACAAAUACCUACUGAGCAGCCGCUAUGAUCUCUCCAGGCAAGACGUUCAAAUCAGGGAAACAGAACAGAUCUGAGUAUUUUUAUGCAAAGGUUGAUGGCAGUCACGUAGAAACAUGAGAAGUUAAGGAAUAGGAGAAGAGGAGAGAGCAAGGGAAAAGAAAAAAAAGUCUGUGUCUUUCACAUCCAAUUGCCUUUGAGGAGCUGGGAAGAGAGCAAUUCACACCUGAUUAUCUCACAUCAGAUAAAUUAGCCGCAUUGGAAUUGCUGGGCAGUCAGGAGCUAGAGCUCCCUGCAGCCUGCCUAGCCAGACUGGGGCAGCUCAGAGGCCAUGAUUCCCUCCCUGCCAGUCUUGGCUCUGGGCCUGUUAAUCCUGGCUUGGGGCCAGACAUUCCAGUUCCAGGACUCUGUCUUCAUCCAGUUUCUGGGUUUGGACAAGGUGCCUUCACCCCAGAAGUUCCAACCUGUGCCUUAUAUCAUGAGGAAAAUUUUCCAGUAUCGAGAGGCAGCAGCAGCCGCUGGGGAAUCCCAAGACUCAUGCUACGUAAAGGAUCUGGGUGUCCGUGGGAAUGUACUCCGACUUCUCCCAGAUCAAGGUGUCUUUCUUUACUCCAAGCAACCCUCCCAAGCCUCCUGUUGCCUGGAGAAGCUCCUCUACUUUAACCUGUCAACUACUAAAGAUAAGGAGCAGUUAACAAUGGCCCAGCUGGGCCUGGACUUGGGGCCCAGCACUUACUAUAACCCGGGACCAGACCUGGAGCUGGCUCUGUCCCUGGUUCGGGAGCCUCCUGGGUGGGGCAGGUCCUUCCCUAAGCCAGGUAAAGUGUUUGUACUGCAGACCGUACCAUGGCCUCAAGGCGUCCUUCACUUCAACUUGCUGCAUGUGGCUAAGGACUGGAACGACAACCCCCAGAAGAACUCGGGUUUGUUCCUGGAGAUACGGGUCAAAGGAGACAGAGACCCCGGGGUGGACUCUCAGCUCAAGGACACCUGUGCCAGACUGCGGCGCUCCCUCCAUGCUUCCCUGCUGUUGGUGACUCUCAGCCCUGAGCAGUGCGGCCCUUCCUCCCGAAAAAGGAGGGCAGCCAUCCCCGCCCCUCAGGCCCCUUGCAAGAACCUCUGCCAUCGUCAUCAGCUCUUCAUCAGCUUCCAGGACCUGGGCUGGCACAAGUGGAUCAUUGCUCCCAGGGGGUUCAUGGCAAAUUAUUGCCAUGGAGAGUGUCCUUUCUCACUGACCACCUCCCUCAACAGCUCCAAUUAUGCUUUCAUGCAAGCGCUAAUGCAAGCAGUUGACCCAGAGAUCCCCCAGGCUGUCUGUAUCCCCAUCAAGCUGUCCCCAAUUUCCAUGCUCUAUCAGGACAACAAUGACAAUGUCAUUUUACGACAUUAUGAAGACAUGGUAGUUGAUGAAUGUGGGUGUGGGUAGGCUGUCAGAAAAAGAAACAGGAGUAUUCUUCAGGUAACUCUAAUAAAACUACCUA